AUAGUUCACCGUUUUUAUUUUCAGAUAUCAAAUCGACAAAUAUGAGUCAGAAUCUGUUGUUGGAUUACUGUGUGAACGAUACUUGAGAAUACAAAAAAUAAAUCUUUCAGUGACGGUGCGCGCAAAAUCUCGAAUAAGUGCUUGUGAAUUAUUAGCAAUACGAUAGUUUUUAAAAUUGGGUCAAUCAGUAGUGUUAAUUGAAUGCUGCAGUAACGUAAAGUGUCUUAGCAUUUGGAAUCGAAAGUGUCUUAUACAUACCUUUGAUAGGUGUUAUCAGCUUGUAGUAGUAGUACCUAGUAGGAAGAAGUAUUGUUUUUUUCGUUGGUGAUGCGUUUGAAUCAUCUAACCGACCGAAUAACAGUUACCGGCCAGCAGAAUCGAAUCAGCCAAAUGGAUUAACCUUAGCCGUUAAUUUUUACUCGUUUAACCCUCGUGCAAUCUGGUAUUCACUCGACAAAUUAGAAGCGCACGAUGGCCAACUACUUCAUCUGUUUGGUGAUUCAAAGAUUGAUACUACCGUUGAUUCUAGCAAUAUGUUGCCUGAUGAGACCGGUGGGACUGUCCCUUCCCUAUCUGCUCUUCCUUUUCGGUCUACCGUUUGUGCCAGUUGCCACGCCAAGGAGUAUCAAAGGCUCCACUGGAAUCUAUUUCAAACUGUAUAUUGUGAUCAGCAUAUUGCUGCUAGUGAGCCAGAUAGCCUUCCAGAUAGUGUUCUUAGCGCUCGGGUACGAGCUGAUCGAACCAUGCAAAUUUUUAGAGGUCUUGCUUCGCCACAUAGGGCUGGUGAGGUUCCAGGGUCUGGACGCGGCCAUGGUGGUCUAUUGGAUUUCGCCGGAGAUCAUCAUGAGUUUGGCGGCCGUCGUGGUGUACAUAGUGCUCAGGAGGUUGGUCGAGAGCAUUCCGGAUGCAGAUCAAGCACCCACGUCGCCCACCUCGCUGGAAGCACCGGAUGUGCUGCCAAUGCAUUGUGAUGCAUUCCCGAUAAGUCGAGAGAAAUUGGCAUUCCUAACGAAGCUAGGAGUGCUUUUGAGCGUUGGGAUGCUUUGCGUGGCAGCCGUUUUGCAGCCAUCCGUUCCCAGUGGGAUAUAUUUUGUAAUAUUUUUGGGCUCGGCUACAUGGUGGGCAUGCUACAAGGAGCUAGAUAGAGCAUUCGGUGUAGUUUUAAGGAUAACUUUGGCAUUUUUGAUUGUACAUAUAACGGGGCUGCUGGCGUAUCAAAACCCGUGGCCUCAACAGCUGCUUCCGCAAAACGACACUAUCGCUAGGAUACUUGCACUGACGCCCAUUUUGUCCUCGGCGUGUGAUAACGUAUCAGACAUUCGAUACGUCAACUUCGAUAGCGAACUGGGAUCUGAUUUCUACCUCAAUCCGGUUGUUCUAAUGAUCUGUUACUAUUGUAUAUCAAUAACUUCAUCGCUACUUAUGAAACCAAGAAUGACGGAGCAUGAACGCAAACAGCAGGAGCUUUUCUACAAUCUGGAAUCUGGCGUUCGGCUUCAGCGCCAGAUUUCGUUUCGCAUGCAACGCCGGAAUAUCCUUCGAAAAACGCUCACCAGCGACCGCUGGCGUGGAGCAGCACGCAAAGUAAAAAGCGAUUUAUCCAAGAGACGCCGAGAGGGAACAACUAGAGGGCGUAUUUUUCCCGUCAUUGCGCCAACGCUAUCUGCUUCCACGUCCGCUUCCGCCCCGGACGAGCGGACACCUCUGAUGCGUGGCGGAACUCGAAGGGUGCGAGAUGCUUCCGCAUCCGAUGCGCAAAAUGCAAUCCCACAAGACUCGAUCGCGAUGCAUGCCAUCGGUCGUAAAAAAUUUUCAGAAGAGGAUGAUUCGUCCAGCUUUUUUGAGCAGAUCAUGCUGGCCACCGGGAAUGUUGCCAACUUCAUCUACAAAAACAGCUACAUAUUCACCAAUGUCAUUAUGAUGACUUGGAGCAUCAUGUACCACAGCUGGUUGACAUUCGUGCUCUUGAUCUGGGCCAACCUCAUUUGGAUCAUGCCAAACCAACGGAAGAACAUGUUGAACUCCAGUCCAUUCCUAGUCAUCUAUGCCGAACUGUUACUGCUGGCUCAGUACGUUUACGGAAUGAAACUCACCGACGAUGAGCUGCCGUCCUCCGUUAAUAUCACCGGAAUAAAUCUGGCCCAAAUUGGGUUUAUCAAGUAUCGCGACUACCCUUGUCUACCGCUGCUAAUCAAAUCCUCAUUCACAACCAUGUUCUGGAUCUCGCUGCGGCAGAUGAUCCAGGAGAAGCAGAUGGAGCGGCGUACCUCCACGAUAGCGGAUAUGGCGGCGCCGUUGCAGGUGACGGUUGGAGCUGCGACGGCAGCUGGUUCCGGCCCCGGGCGGCCAUUGGAGAAAAAGUCCUCCGCUUUUAUCACCCGAACCGGAACUUUGAUCAAUUCGUUUUUGAUCAAAUUUUGGAUUUGGGUGGUGGCCAUCACGCUGUUUUUGUCCGGUAUGACCGGGAUACGCAUGACUGGAUUCCGGAUCGUUUACAUGGCCCUGUUCCUCAUCUUCGUCCUCACAUUCCAGUUCUCAUUCAAAGUCUGGCGCAAGAUGAUGUACGCAUUCUGGCUGACCGUCAUCGUGUACUCCAUGUCCAUCCUAGUGUUAGUCUAUACCUACCAGUUCGAUCAGUUCCCUCUCUAUUGGAGGGAAUAUCUCAAGAUUUCCGAUACAUUACAAAAAGAUAUCGGUCUGGAGCUAUACGAAACGAAACAACUUUUCCUGCAUCUCCUCAAUCCAACCAUGAUAGUCAUCAUCACCGUAAUUCAGCUUCACUAUUGCCAUAAAAAAUUCCUCGAAAUCUCAGAAAUACCAGUUAUUCAAGAAAGCGACAUCCCAGUGAUAUCGGAAACCAGUUCAGCGUACGGUACAUUUUCCAAGCGGAAAAAGCAUAGCAGUGCAACGGAUGCUCCACCCUUGGAAAGGGAUCCCGAAAACUCGGAGGAAACGUCUCGGUUGAAAGGAUCCAACAAGGAAGAGAUCCAGGAGAGAGUGAUCGCGGACAACACUUCGGAAAUUCUAGAGGAUCUGCGUUUCCGGAAGCUUUCGAAGCAAGAAAUCAAGGGUGUAGCUCAGAAGAUGUUUAACAUCGUUUCCAAACUGGCGGAGCUGUUUUGGUUGUUUGCCGAAAUUCAUUUGCUGAAGAUCAUCCUCAUCGUGGCGUUCUCACUGAGCGUGGAAACGAUAAGUUUUAUACAUUUGAUGUAUGUGCUCAUGACGGUAUUCGCGGUGAAAUCUCAUACCGGUUCGUUGGUUCUCAUUACGCGAAUAAUGUCGCUCAUUUCUGCGAUUUUGCUCAUCACCACUAUGAUCUAUCAGGUGGAUUAUAUCAAUGAAUCGAACUAUGAGAGCACGUGUCCCAACAUCGACGUCAACGAGACCCAUUGGGAUAUGAAUAAUGCCAAGUGGUUUGGAUUCCAGAAAACCUCGGGGGUUAACAGCUUAGCGGAUCUUUUGCGACCUUAUCUGAUCUACAUCAUAGUGGUUACGAUCCAUGCGGUUGUCGUGCUGCGUCAAACCAUCCGACGGCUACGGCUUGGACAAUCACCGAGAACUCCGCAUCUGAUGUUCCCAAAUAUCACCCGGGCGGAUGCGGACAAGGACAUCCCCCGUAUGAUCAAGUACCUGUUCAACUAUGGGUACUAUAAAUUCGGUGUAGAAAUCUCACUAGUAGCUUUGAUUAUCGUGACGGCGUGGAGGAUGGACAUCUUUUCCUGUUUCUACGCCAUUUGGAUAUGUUUCUUGUUUCAUAUGACGAGGGAAGGAUUGCGUAGGAUAUGGCGUGUCAUAACCUGGUUUGUUGUGGUGAUAAUCCCCUUCCAAUACGUGAUCUUUAUUGGGCUGCCUCCAAUCCUUUGUGUUGAUUAUCCAUGGGAUAUUGCCUUCUUAGACAGGUUCAGAAAAUGGGCCAUGCUUCCGGAGAAUACGGCAGAGUUUCGGGAGCAAGCUUCGAAAAUGGUAGCCGAUUUUCUGCUACUGAUGUUUUUGUGUCGUCAGACAUUGGUCUUCCGGAUCGAGAUAAGGUACGCAUCUUGUCCGGAUGACUUUGGCGGUGGCAGUAAUAAAUCUGCCUUGGAAGAUAUCGAUAAACUUGGGACGGUUCCGUUUAUCAAUCCUACUCCCGAUUUCAUAGCCAAAGUUCGGAACUGGCUAGAUGUGGUAAAGCGAGGAGUUUUCCUCGUGUUUUUCUGGUUCACUCUUGCAAUUGUGUUUUGGACCGGCUCCAGUCGAGUGACCCUUUUUUCGAUAGGAUAUCUGAUAGGGGCUUUCACAUUUUUAUGGCAAGGAACCGAUUUCUACCUGAGACCGAUUAAGUCUAUUCUGAAAACAUGGAAUGUUCUUAUCGCUUACAAUGUAUUCGUUAUAACAACGAAAACAUUGCUGCAGCUAGUUGGUUGCCUGUAUCUGCAGCAACUCACCGAGAGUACCUGUUGGUUGGUUCAGCUACUAGGGAUCUCUUGUCUAUCGGCAAGGGAAAAUGGAGAUGUGAUACCGGAUCCGGUUCAACCACCGGCACCGGAUCUUUCCCAGUGCAACGUCCCGUAUGAUGAUUCUGGCUUGUUCUGGGACGGAGUGUGUUUUGCCUUUUUGCUUUUGCAACGUCGGAUUUUCGCUAGUCAUUAUUUCUGCCACAUUAUCAACGAAACGAAAGCGAGCACAAUUUUAGCUUCGAGAGGGGCAGAGCUUAUCGAAGAACUUCGUAUUAAGGAGGUCAAACUAGAGGCCGAGCGAGAGAGUCAGAUUUUGCAGAAAAUCAAAAUGAAGAUGGAUCGUAUCAAGGCUACCCAGCAGAAAAUUUUGGAACCAGUUCAUGAACCAAGCACUCAUGCUAAAGAUACCCCUCGAAGACCGAGUCUGUGGCGCCGAAUUUCGGAGAACAGAGCAGCUGCGAUUCGUUCCGGCGAUUAUUACAUGUUCGAGGAUACCGAGCAUGAGUUCGAGCUGGAUCUGAUGCAACCACGGGAUUCGGACGAAGAAUUCGACAAGAAAAGUUCGGCGGAACGACGCUUGAGCAGACGGCAUCUAACACUAGGAAAGUUGAUAGCUAAGAUCAAGGAAACCAACGAACUGGACCCGGACCAGGAUCCGACGGAAGAAGGGGGUGAGUUUUCGUCUCCUACGACCGAAAGUGGCCUGGCCCACUCAUAUCCGCCGAGGUGCAGCUCUUCGCCUGGAAUGCUUCGACGCGCCUCAUUCAAUCGCGAUCACGACGACCGUUCCGAUCCGGAAGCAACCUCUACCCGGACCGGUAUCGUAGUGGCUCCGGACCGUUCUGCCAUCUCCGAACCACUUCCACCACGUCACACUCAUUUCGAUUCUGGAGGUAACAAAAGAAAACCUGCGGAAGACACCGACCAAGCGGAUGGCCAGAAGCCUAGCACCAGCAAGAAGCAACCGCGUGCACAAUCUUCCACCGAUGAGGAAGCUCGGCUGAUCAGCGAUGACGACGAAGAAGAGCACGAAACCGAAGAACAGGAAGAGGAGGAGGAACCCAAGAAAUCCAAACUAUCCUUCUCCGGUUUGAAUCUGGUGACAGCUUUCUUGGCGGGAGCUCUUGGAUCGCUUACACUGCGUCUUCAUCGGGUUUCCCGCAGCUACCGAUACGUUAUGAAAGUGUUGGCCAAAGAGAAGAAAAUUUUGAAGGCAUGAGUUACUCAUAAAUUUUGAGAAUGCUUUUUUUGACCAACUUCUAUUUCUUUAGGAAACACCUGGAUUUGGAGCAGGGAUGCGAACCGGGUCUAGUAUGGUAUGGACACCGAUUCAAGGCUCUCUACGAUCGGGAAGCCGGCUUCAUCAGGUCAGUGGUUUGGGUGCGGCUCUUGCAGUAAUGGCCCACAAGGAGCGUCAGGCUAAACAAGACAAAUCAACGGAAACCGUGGAGACUAUCGACAAACAGCUCGAAGAGGACGACUCCGAGGAAGA